GAAGGAAGUCAGGUGACUGAUGCGCAACUCCUCGUUCCAGCAGGUAGAACAUUGAUUAAAGUCAGGGUCAGAACCUAGAACAUUGAAUAAAGUCAGGGUCAGAACCGUCAUCUUAAAGUGAGCUCCGUAACCGUCUCGGUCCGGAAGGACCUGGCAGCAUGGCCUUCAUCACCGCCAACUGGAACCCGCUGGGAGAUGCCUUCUACCGGAAAACUGAGCUGUACGAGAUGCGUUGGAACAUUAGAGAUGGGCUCAAAGACAGUCUGGUGGCUGCAGCUCCGUACGGAGGACCGGUCGCUCUGCUCAGAGAGCCACACAGACGCUCUCCCAGUUCUCGCCCUCAGUUAGAGAUAUAUUCUGCGUCAGGAGUUGCCAUCGCCAGCUUCCCUUGGAAGAGCGGACCGGUGGUCCACCUGGGCUGGUCUGUCAGUGAUGAGCUGUUGUGUAUUCAGGAGGAUGGAACAGUUCUGAUCUAUGACCUGUUUGGAUCCUUCAAGAGACACUUCAGCAUGGGACAGGAAGUGGUCCAGAGUCAAGUGUUGGAGGCAAAGGUGUUCCACUCUCCUUAUGGAACAGGUAUUGCCAUAGUAACAGGCUCCUCCCGCUUCACCUUGGCAACCAACAUUGAAGACCUGAAGCUUCGUAGGUUGCCUGAAGUUCCAGGUCUACAGGGGAAGCCAGCCAGUUGGGUUGUCCUCACUCAGGACAGACAGACUAAAGUUCUGUUGUCCAUUGGACCGGAACUCUAUGUCCUGGAUAAUACCUCCUGCACAGCAGUGUGUCCUCCAGAUCUUAGCCAGGCUGGCAGCAUCGUCCACAUGUCUGUUUCUUUCAGCUACAAAUACCUGGCUGUCUUCACAGACACUGGACACCUGUGGACCGGCUCCUCCAACCUACAGGACAAACUGAGUGAAGUUGACACAAAUCAGACAGAAGCUCCCAAACAGGUGGUCUGGUGCCGCAGACCGAAGAGCCAGCAUCCCUCUGUGGUCCUGUUGUGGGAUAGACUGCUCCUUGUGGUUGGAGUGUGUAACGACACUAUCCAGUUCCCCAUUGAGAACCAGUCUGUGUUAGUGGGAGAAAUGGAUGGAGUUCGGAUCAUCAGUUCAACCACUCAGGAGCUGCUGCAGGAGGUUCCCCUGGUCUGUCAGGACAUCUUCAAGAUUGCUUCUAUGGCUCCAGGAGCUCUGCUGUUGGAGGCCCACCGUGAGUACGAGAAGUCCAGUCAGAAGGCUGAUGAGUACCUGAGAGAGAUCAAGGAGCAGAAUGUGCUGGGAGAUGCCGUCCACCAGUGUGUGGAAGCAGCAGGUCACGAGUAUGACACCGAUAUCCAGAAGGCUCUGAUGAGAGCAGCAUCUUUUGGGAAGUGUUUCCUGACGGACUUCAGUCCCGAUCAUUUUGUGACGACCUGCAGGGAGCUACGGGUGCUGAAUGCUGUCAGAGAGAGCAGUGUGGGAAUGCCGCUCACGCAUACUCAAUUCAAGCAGAUGACCGUACAGGUGCUGAUUGAUAGGUUGGUGUAUCGACAGUUUUAUCCGUUAGCUAUUGAAAUUUGUCGAUACCUGAAGAUUCCUGAUUAUCAGGGCGUCAGCAGAGUCCUGAAGCACUGGGCCUCCUGCAAGGUGCAGCAGAAGGACCUGUCAGAUGAGGCCAUAGCUCGAGCCGUGUGUGCCAAAGUGGGAGACUCACCUGGAGUUUCGUACUCUCACAUCGCUGCUAAAGCAUACGAGUGUGGACGUGCAGAGCUCGCCAUCAAGCUGCUGGACUUCGAGGCUCGCUCUGGUGAGCAGGUUCCUCUUCUGCUCAAGAUGAAGAGGAGUCAACUGGCACUCAGUAAAGCUGUGGAGAGCGGUGACACUGACCUGGUUUACACGGUGGUAACGUACCUGAAGAACGAGAUGAAUCGAGGAGAUUUCUUCAUGACUUUGAGAAACCAACCAGUGGCGCUCAGCCUCUACAGGCAGUUCUGUAAGCUGCAGGAGCAGGAAACGCUCAAAGAUCUUUACAACCAGGAUGACGAUCAUCAAGAACUGGCUAACUUCCACGUCAGGGCCAGUUACAGAGAACAGAGGUUGGAGGGAAGACUGUCUCACCUGCAGAGUGCUGUGGACGAAUAUACCAAGGCUAAAAAUGACUUUGCUGCCAAGGCCACAGAGGAAGAGAUGCGGCUUCUUCGCUUUCAACGAAAGAUGGAUGAUGAGAAAGGGGCGGGGCUUCUUGGGCUCUCUUUGCAGGCAACCAUGGAGGCGCUGAUGUCGUUAGGACUUCACAAACAGGCAGAGCAGCUCUACAAAGACUUCAGAGUACCUGACAAAAGGUAUUGGUGGUUGAAGCUCAAGUCUAUGGCAGAGAAGGAGGAGUGGGAGGAGUUAGAGAAAUUCUCCAAAAGCAAGAAGUCUCCCAUUGGUUACCUUGCCUUUGUGGAGGUUUGCAUGAAGAACAACAACAGGUAUGAAGCCAAGAAAUAUAUCUCCAAGGUCACACCUGAGCAGAAGGUCAAAGCUCACCUGGCUGUGAGUGAUCUGGAGGGGGCGGCAGAUGCUGCCAUUGAGCGUCGGAGCGAGUCGGAGAUGGGGGCGGUUCUCUCCAGAUGCUCCGCCUCCGACCGCCUGCUGAUUGACAAGUUGAACCGAGCACGAGCCGCCACCGCCGCCAAAAAGUGAUCUGUAGGAGGCAUUACCAUGGCAACAAGCCCCUCCCACAGAAUGUAAUAUUGUUGAUGAUAGGUUGAUGGCUUUUCUUGGUCUGUAUUUAAAUAAACUUGAUUGAGCAGU